UGUGUUAUUUUCACUGCUGCGUAUCAACAUCUAGAAACAAUGUUGUUGACAUCGCACUUUUAUUAGUCAAUAUUUAUCCCCCAGACAUAUUUCAUUAUUGUAUGCCAUAUAUUAUCUGUUGAGUUCUCUCGUGCAUGGGAUACUAACUACUUCAGUGAGUUAUUGAGAAUGGAACCCAAAAAAGAAUGCUUAUCGCCGAAAGAUGACAAGAAGUGGCACAAAGGAAAAGAAGUUACAGGUAGACCUGGGACCAAACCAAUGGGGAAACUAUUAGUGAAACCAAAGGGUAAACCAACCGGUAAACCACCUGGGAAACGACCAUUUAAACCUCACAGUGGAGAAAACGGAAAGACGUUUGUGAAGUCUGGAGGAAAGGGAGCUCCUAAGAAAUACUUGAAAAAAACGAACGAUGGAAAUUUCCCAAAGAAGAGAAAAUUCCCUGGAAAGGGCACAGGGGAGCAUGGUUCUGAGGCAAAGAAGCCCAAAUGGGAUGAGUUCAAGCAGCAGAAGAAGGAGCUUAAACAGAACCGUCAGCAGAUCGAGAAGAAGGACAGUUAUCAGAUAGUGAGCAGAGCCAAGCAGGUGUGGGAGAUAGUCAGAAGAAAAGACUGCGACAAAGAGAAGAGGAUCAAACUCAUGAAAGAACUUCAGGAACUCGUUAAGGGAAAGAUAAAAACGAUUGCAUUUGCUCACGAUUCCACCAGAGUCCUACAGUGUUUCAUCCAGUUUGGUGAUGACAAGCAAAGACAAGAGGUUUUUGAUGAACUGAAAGAUGAUAUGGUUGAGCUGAGUAAAUCAAAGUACGCCAGAAAUAUUGUAAAGAAGUUCUUAAUGUAUGGGAGCAAAGAGCAGGUGGCCGGUGUGAUGGUGGGCUUUAAAGGGAAGGUGAGGCAGAUGUUGCGCCACUCCGAGGCGUCGUCCGUGGUGGAGUACGCCUACAACGACAAGGCCGUCCUCUCUCAGAGACUCCUGCUCACAGAGGAGCUCUACGGAACCACGUUCCAAGUCUUCAAGUCAUCAGUGUGUCCCACGCUAGAGAAGGUUCUGGAGGCCAACCCAGACAAGGUGAACAGCAUUUUGGAGGAGAUGAAGCAGAUCCUUACCCCCAUGGCCACGAAAGAGGCUGUGAUCAAACAUUCUUUGGUGCACAAAGUAUUUCUUGACUUCUUCCUGCACGCCCCAGCCAAACAGAGGACGGAAAUGAUCGAGUCCAUCAGGGAGUCGGUGGUGUACAUGGCCCACACCCACGAUGGCGCCAGAGUGGCGAUGAACUGCCUGUGGCACGGGACCCCCAAGGACAGAAAAGUCAUUAUUAAAACCAUGAAGACAUACAUUGAGAAGUUUGCAACGGGAGAGUAUUCCUUCCUAGUCCUCCUGGCUGCCUUCGACUGCAUAGACGACACCAAGCUAGUGAAGCAGGCCGUCCUGUUGGAGAUUCUGACCUCCUUGCCCGAUAUCCUGUCUAAUAAGAAUGGGAAGAAAGUGCUGCUUUACCUGCUUAGCCCACGAGACCCUGCCCAUCUUCUACCGGAAAUCAUUCAGGUCCUGGAAAAGGGGGAUGGAAAUGCCCACAGUAAGAAAGACGUUGCACUUCGCCGGAAGGAGCUCCUGGAGGCGGUGUCUCCUCCCCUUCUUCAGCACCUGUGUGACCAUGCCCGCACCAUGGUGAUGGAUAAGGCCUCCAGCGUCACAGUCAGUGAAAUCCUGGGGGCCGCCAUCGGGGAUCUGCGCCCUGCCAUGGAGGCUGUGGCUGAGGUGGCCGCAGACGACUUCAUCCCCGGAGGAGUGGAGGGACAGCUUCACAUGGCUGAACAUCCUGCUGGCCAUCUGGUCCUCAAGUGGCUGAUCGAACAAGACACCAAGAUGAAGGAGACAGGCAGAGAAGAGUGUUUCUCCAGGGUCCUGUUGGACAAGGUGGGGCUGGACAAGAUGAAGACGUGGACCGCCAUGAACCGUGGGGCCUUCGUGCUCUGCUGUCUCCUGAACAGUGCAGAUGAAAGUGUUGCCACAGAGAUUAGGGAGGGAUUGAAGGCCUACACUCCAGAACUACAGAAGAUCCAGAACUGUAAAGGCGUGGAGGUUCUGCUGGAGAAACUGGCCUGAUACUGUUUCCCAUUAAAUGAAACUCCUUCAGAGACCCUGGACCCACCACUGUGACCUCACCAACUGGAGUCACAGGUUUUCAUUACAACAGGUUUUCACUGCCCAUUCUCUCCACCCUGUCCAUUCACCUUAACGCCGUGGCCCAUUCACUAGAAUGAUAUGGAGGGGGAAGAACAGAGGAUACCAAUGUGUACCACAUGUUCAGCCCAAUAAAUUACAUUGUUUGUAAAGUUGUGUUGAACUAUUUAAAUGUAAAAGACUGUUCCCAUAUUAUUUUGUAACUGACCGGUAUUUUCAAGUUGUACUUGCCAACUGAAGAGCCAGAAUCGAUUAAAGGAAAACCAUUGAUUUAGUACACAAAGGGUGUAGUUCACAUAUGUGCCUUCAUUUUCAGCACACUGAAUACAUAAUGCUUGUGAUAUAUUCAAAUAUGAGAGAUUACCGUCUGUCUUACUAACUUAAAUCAUUUUUUUUGUCCUUUAAAGUUGAGUUGGGUUAUGGAUGUUCUUGCUCAGGAUGAUCUCAGGAUUUUACCAUUAGCCUUAUGGUGUUUAGAGAUUUUGGUUUACUAAUUUUAUUUUAGCAGGAAUUGGCUGUGUAUAGUCUAAUUAACUAAAUUAGCAUACAAACUAAAAUUUUUUAAUGUUGGUCUCUUCAAUCAAUCCCAUUUUAACCCCAGAGUUAACAAAAUAGGUUAAACUACAAGGUCAAAUGUUUGUAGUAGGUCAAUUGCAGCUGAAGUACAGAUUUGAAUAAAUAUUGGGGCUAAAAUGCAGAA